AUGUCAAGGCUAUACACUUUCAGUUGUUUUCUCUUGAAUCCGCCAUCUGUGCAUGACAUUAUGAAUGAGAUUGCAGCUGCUUGGGUUGACAAUGGAGGGAGUUUUGUACUUGUAGUUUCUAAUCACAACAAGGACCUCUUUCUUUUUCUAAGCAAUAGUGGUUGGCUGACUGUCAUUCUAAAUGUUGAAGGUGGCAGUGCAAGUGAGGAUUCAAGCACAGUUUUCAUCAAUAAGUUAGAAGAGUUGCCCAUGAUUAUCUGCCACUUGAAUAGAAAGGCAGUAGGCAAAAACUACAUGAUGGUUGGUUACAUAAUGAAGCCUUCUCGUGAAGAAGAUUUUUCUAAGAGAGGUGCAUUCCCCCUUUAUCCUACUCAGAACGGGCUGAUAUUUAUGCCACUUUCACUUGAGCUACCCAUAUCAUCUCAGCUAAAACAAGUUGACAUAGUUCUCCAUAAAGCAACUGAUGAGAUUCUCUCCGUUGAAAUUAGCAAUUCUUCAGAAUUGCCAAACAAAAUUACUUAUUCCAGGGGCAUGCAGGAGUUGCAAAGGUAUGUCGAGCACCAGCCGGAUUGCUGUGUAAUCGAUCCAUUUAAUAAGGUUUAUCCUGUGUUGGAUCGAUUAAUAAUCCAACAAAUUCUACUUAGCUUGGAAAAGUUCAACAUAGAAAGUCGUUGUAAAAUCAGGGGCCCCAAUUUUCUCAAGGUCUUUUCUCCAGAAUGUUAUCUAAUUUAUGCUUGCAUUGAUUUCAACAAAUUGAUGGAAACAACACUAAAUCUACUUAUGAAUAUUAUGUUUGAUAAUCUUAUCUAG